CAGAAGAGUGGAGCGCACUCAGCCCAGUGGAGGCUGAUGGACUCGCUGCGCAUUUCCCCUGCUAACAAGUGUAUACAGGACAAAACACCAGCAUUAUGUAAUUGGAGAGCGUCGUCUGCACUACUAAAAAGCCUCAAUAUUAAUAAGACGUCCGCAUUUACAUGACGACCAAAAAGAGGCAGUCUGAAUUGCUGCAGGCAAGGGAAUUGAUAGCUUACCCCUGAGCGGACUAAGAUAAUUGUAAGAAAUCUUGGCAGUAUGUGUUCUGACACGUACUGAAAUCUUGACAUUCAGCACCGCACACCUUCAAACUGCAUGACAUCGUUGUCUCAUGGUCUGUUAUUAAGGAAUUUGCAACAACGAAGACUGCUUGGCACACAUUUUAUUUUCAAGGAUAUUGAGGGUGUGAGUGCGUGAAAUUUCACUCACCAUCAUCACGGACGGACAACGCGGUGUGCAAGUUUGGAUGUCUCUUGUGGAAGUUGUUCUGCGGCUCCGGACAACGGGACUGUUCAGUUAGUUCCACCAGGUAGAGCCGAAUGGGGCUAAGUGGACAGACAGACAGAAAUACAGACGGAUAGACAGAGGGACAGACUUACCAACGGCGUAAACCGGAGUGGAAUAUCCCAAAGCGAGCGUCUCAGGAGAGAAGGACACAGUAUGCAGGCAGCAUGGAACAGGUGAAGGAGCAGCAGCCUUUCUGCUCACUCUCCAAGAGCCAGAGAGACCGAGAGAGAGACCGUGAAAGGGAGAGGGAUCGGGAACGGCGUUACACCGCAUCAUCGACAGACCAAGAAGGGGCCUGCCGUGUGCCAACCCAGAAGUCCUACAGCUCUAGCGAGACGCUGCAGGCCUACGACCAUGACCCCGCCCGGCUGCUGUUCUCAGGCCGAGUCAAGGAGAUGGCCCACCAGGAGACCAAUGACUACAGCAGGCCAGGACAGGCCUUCUCGCUGAGGCAACUUGGAAUAUGUGAGGCCUCCACACGCAGAGGCCUGGCCCUCUGCCCUGAAACGGGCCUCUCGCACCCCCUUGGUAGCUACUCCAGAGGAACAGUCCCCACAGAGAAUAAUGAGCCCACGUCCCCGGAACGUACCAUGGCUCUCUGGGGCAGGGGUGCCAAGUCAGGCCAAAGCUCAUGCCUGUCUAGUCGCUCCAACUCGGCUCUUACCCUGACAGACACCAAAAUGGACAAUAAGUCGGACAACGAAAUUGGAGCCCAACUGUCGAGUCAACAAGGCCCGCCUCCUCUACCACCAGCCCCUCCCCCUCACCACAAACACCACCCGUCCAUUACGUCGUUGAGCCGCGGCUCGCUGGCCAAUCAGAGGAGCCUAAGCCCUCCCCCCUCGGCUGGCCUGGUGGCCGAGUUGCAGAGCGCAGCGGAAUGUGUCCAGCUGCAGGACAGCUGGGUMCUGGGCAGCAAUGUGGCMCUGGAGAGCAGACACUUCCUCUUUAAGACGGGCACAGGAACAACCCCUUUCUUCGGCACGGCAACCCCAGGUUACACCAUGGCAACUGGGGCGGUGUACUCCACCCCGGCACGUCCCCUACCCAGAAACACCCUCUCCAGAGGGGCUUUCAAGUUCAAGAAGUCACCCAAGCACUGCUCCUGGAGGUGCACCGCCCUGAGCGCAGUGGGCAUGGCUGUCCUGCUUUCAAUCAUGCUCUGCUACUGUAUAGCAAUGCACUUUUUCGGGCUCAACUGGCAACUUCAAGAAACGGAAAACAAACCAGCGGUUGAGAAUGGAGGGGGGAAGGCUUUGCCCACUCAACCAAGCAUAGUGACAGUACUCUCAGUUGACUAUGGCAGGACUGGUGCGGUCCAUCAGGAGAACAACUCCAUUGACACCGGGCAAGUGGAAGUGGGCCGAAGGGUAGGUCAGGGAAUACCGCCUGGGGUGUUCUGGCGCUCUCAGCUGGCUAUGGAGCAGCCACGCUUCCUCAAGUUCAACAUCUCUGUUCAGAAGAAUGCACUGGUUGGGGCCUACGGGAGGAAGGGUCUCCCACCAUCUCACACACAGUAUGACUUUGUGGAGCUGCUGGAUGGCAGCAGGCUCAUCGCCAAAGAGAGGUGGGCUCCCACGGCGCAGGAGACCAGGGGGCGGAUGGAGCGCCAGGUCAGCCUCCACCAAGCUGGCUUCAUCCAGUAUCUGGACUCUGGGGUGUGGCAUCUGGCUUUCUACAAUGAUGGGAAGAGCCUGGAGACAGUAUCAUACAACACCAUCAUCCAGGAGUCGGUUAUGGAGUGCUCACACAACUGUUAUGGGAAUGGAGAGUGUGUGACCGGCUCCUGCCAUUGUUUCCCAGGGUUCAUUGGGCCAUACUGCUCAAGAGCUGCCUGUCCCGUCCUAUGCAGUGGAAAUGGCCAGUACACCAGGGGGCGCUGUCAGUGCUACAGUGGAUGGAAGGGCACGGAGUGUGACGUGCCUACUACCCAGUGUGUAGACCCCCAAUGUGGAGGCCAUGGGAUUUGUGUGACGGGCAACUGUGUGUGUAAUGCUGGCCACAAGGGAAGCAACUGUCAACAAGCGGACUGUCUGGAUCCGACYUGCUCGGGCCACGGAGCCUGCCACCACGGUGAAUGCCACUGUAACCCGGGCUGGGGCGGAAUCGGCUGUGAGAUCCUGAAGAGCACGUGUCCUGAACAGUGCUCCAGCCACGGAACCUUCCACACCGAGACAGGCACCUGUGUCUGUGAGGCUAACUGGACAGGCUCCGACUGCUCUUUAGAGGUGUGCACUGUGGCCUGCGGCCCCCAUGGAGUGUGUGUCAGUGGGACCUGUCACUGCGAGGAGGGAUGGGCAGGCUCAGAGUGCGACCAGAGGGACUGUCACCCACGCUGUACAGAUCACGGUGUCUGCCGAGAGGGCAAAUGUGACUGUCACCAGGGCUGGACCGGAGAGCACUGCACCAUUGAUGGGUGCCCUGGGUUGUGCAACAGCAAUGGGAGGUGCAUUCUGGACCAAGCCGGGUGGCGCUGCAUCUGCCAAUCAGGAUGGAGAGGGCUAGGAUGUGACGUUGCCACAGAGACCCUCUGCUCAGAUGGAAAGGACAAUGAGGGGGAUGGACUGGUGGACUGCAUGGACCCAGACUGCUGUUCACAGAGCUCCUGCCAGGACCAGGCCUACUGCCGUGGAUCCCCAGACCCCACAAGCAUUGUGGGCCAAGGUCAAGGGUCAUCCUCCUCUUCGUUGGACCCCAGGGGCUUCUACGCGCACGUCAGUUUCCUGGUUAGGCCUGGUGGUAGUCACGUGAUACCUGGUGACAACCCUUUCAACAGCAGCCUGGCGUCAAUCAUCCGGGGUCAGGUGCUGACGGGAGACGGGACACCCCUGAUUGGAGUCAAUGUGUCCUUCCGGGACUACCCAGAGUACGGCUACACCGUCACGCGCCAGGACGGCAUGUUUGACCUGUUGGCCAAUGGCGGUGCCUCGCUGACGCUGAGUUUGGAGCGWGCCCCUUUUCCCACACUGCACCGCACUGUGUGGUUACCCUGGAAGGUGUUCCACGUGAUGGACACUGUGGUGAUGAAGAGGGAGGACAACGAUAUCCCCAGCUGUUACCUCAGCGGCCUGCUCAGGCCCAGCCCCCUCAUCCUGGCCUCGCCCCUGUCCACUUUCUACAGGAGUUCCCCCGAGAACAGCCCCAUCAUCCCUGAGACCCAGGUCCUACACGAGGAAGUGGCCAUACCUGGAAGUGACCUCAAUCUGGUUUACCUGAGCUCCCGCACGUCCGGCUACAAGCCCAUCCUCAAGGUCCUCAUGACCCAGGAACGACUCCCAUUCGGACUCAUGAAGGUCCAUCUGAUGAUUGCUGUCAUGGGCAGACUGUUCCAGAAAUCGUUCCCUGCUUUUCCCGACCUCUCGUACACCUUUGUCUGGGACAAGACAGACGCCUACAACCAGAAGGUCUGCGGCUUGUCAGAGGCUGUAGUGUCUGUGGGAUAUGAGUAUGAAUCAUGUCUAGAUAUGAUCCUCUGGGAGAAGAGGACAGCCAUUAUACAAGGUUAUGAACUGGAUGCCUCUAACAUGGGGGGAUGGAUGCUGGACAAGCACCAUGUAUUGGACAUUCAAAAUGGCAUCCUCUACAAAGGCAGCGGUGAGAACCAGUUCAUCUCGCUGCAGCCUCCCGUCAUCUCUACAGUGAUGGGGAACGGUCGGCGCCGCAGCAUCUCGUGCCCCAGCUGCAACGGGCAGGCCCUGGGCAACAAGUUGCUGGCGCCCGUGGCCCUGGCGUGGGGCAUCGACGGCAGCCUCUACGUGGGCGAUUUCAACUACAUCAGACGCAUCUACCCAUCGGGCAAUGUCACCAGCGUCAUGGAGCUCAGUAACAACCCUGCUCACCGCUAUUACCUGGCCACCGACCCAGUGACUGGGAAGCUGUAUGUGUCCGACACCAACUCGCGGAGGAUCUACCGGCCCAAGGUCCUGACUGGGAUCAAGGAACUGCAGAGUAACGCGGAGGUGGUGGCAGGGACCGGGGAGCACUGUCUGCCCUUUGACGAGACCCACUGUGGGGAUGGGGGCAAGGCCACGGAGGCCCUGCUCACUGGGCCAAAAGGUAUCGCUGUGGACAAGAAUGGACUGAUAUAUUUUGUGGACGGUACCACGAUCCGGAGAGUUGACCAAAGCGGCAUCAUAUCCACACUCCUGGGCUCCAAUGACCUCACGUCGGCACGCCCCCUGACCUGUGACAUCAGCAUGGACAUCAAUCAGGUGCUCCUGGAGUGGCCUACCGACCUUGCGGUCAGCCCCAUGGAUAACUCCCUGUACGUCCUGGACAACAAUGUGGUCCUACGAAUCACUGAGAACGGCCAGGUCAGCAUUGCAGCAGGCCGGCCCAUUCACUGCCCUUUGGCCGGGAUGGACCGUGGAGGUCAAAGGGCAGCACUGACACCCCUGGAGUCUGCCGUGGCCAUCGCCGUGUCCUACCACGGCGCCAUCUUCAUCGCCGAAACUGACGAGCGGAAGCUGAGCCGAAUCCGAACUGUAUCCGUCGAUGGUGAAAUAACCCAUCUGGUGGGGUCGCCGUCCGACUGCGAUUGUAAGAACGAUGUUAACUGCGAUUGUUACCAGAUGGGUGAUGGAUACGCCAAAGACGCCCGUCUCAACGCACCGUCCUCUCUUGUCGUGGCGCCCGAUGGCACCCUGUAUAUGGCAGACCUGGGCAACAUCCGCAUCCGGGCGGUCGGUAGGAACGGGCCUGCGUUGACCUCCAACGCCAACACCUUCGAGGUGGCGUCGCCGGACGCCCAGGAAGUGUACGUCUUUGACACCAAUGGUACCCACCAACACACCGCCAGCCUCAUGACGGGUGACAUCAAAUACACCUUCAGUUACAGCACGGAGAACGACGUUACUGCCAUGACCGAUAGCAACGGAAACACCCUGAGAAUCCGCCGCGACCCUAACCGCAUGCCUGUGCGCAUAGUCGCCCCUGACAACCAGGUCAUCUGGCUGACCAUGGGGACCAACAGUGGGCUGAAGACCUUGAUGGCUCAGGGCCAGGAACUGGUGCUGCUCACCUACCAUGGUAACACUGGCCUGCUGGCUACCAAGACCUCUGAAAUCGGCUGGACCACAUUCUACGACUAUGACAGCGAAGGCAGGCUAAUGAACGUGACGUUCCCCACCGGAACAGUGAACAACCUGUACACCGACAUCUACAGGGCCUUGACCGUGGACAUUGAGAGCUCCUUGACUGAAGAGGAAAUUAGCAUUACCACCAAUACCUCCACCAUUCGUGCCUUCUAUACAUUGGCUCAGGAUCAAUGUAGAAGCAGUUAUCAGGUUGGCUAUGAUAACUCUCUGAGGAUCACCUAUGCCAACGGAAUGGACACCCACUACCAGACUGAGCCCCACAUCCUGGCGGGCACUGCCAACCCCACCGUGGCACGGCGUAACAUGAGUUUGCCAGGGGAGAGUGGGCAGAAUCUGGUUGAGUGGCGCUUCCGCAAGGAGCAAACCAGGGGCAAAGUCAUUGUUUUUGGGCGCAAGCUAAGGGUGAAUGGACGGAACAUUCUGUCGGUUGAUUACGACCGUACGCUGAGGAUGGAGAAGAUUUACGAUGACCACAGGAAGUUCCUGCUGAAGAUUAUCUAUGACGGCGCGGGCCACCCUGUGCUGUGGGUACCCAGCAGUAAGCUGCUUCCCGUGAAUGUCAGCCGGAGCAGCAACGGUCAGAUCAGUGCCCUCCAGAGGGGGCAGACCAGCGAGCGGUUGGAGUACGACGCUCAGGGACGAGUCGUGUCCAGAUUGUUUGCUGACGGGAAGACGUGGAGUUACACAUACCUGGACAAGUCGAUGGUGCUCCUGCUCCACAGCCAGCGUCAGUACAUCUUCGACUUUGACUCUCAGGACCGGCUAUCUGCCGUCACCAUGCCCAGUGUGGCCCGCUACACCAUGAACACAGUCCGUUCAGUGGGCUACUACCGCAACAUCUUCCACCCGCCUGAGAGCAACGCUUCUGUAGCAGUGGACUACAGCGAGGACGGCCUCCUGCAGCGAGUGGUGCACUUGGGCACGGGCCGCCGGAUCCUGUACAAGUACCGACGGCAGAACAAGCUAGCCGAAGUCCUGUAUGACAGCACGCGGGUCAGCUUCACGUACGACGAGAUGGCAGGCGUGCUGAAAACGGUCAACCUGCAGAGCGAGGGCUUCAUCUGUUCAAUCCGUUACCGCCAAGUGGGCCCCCUGGUGGACCGGCAGAUCUUCCGCUUCAGCGAGGACGGCAUGGUCAACGCCCGCUUUGACUACACCUACGACAGCAGCCUGCGCGUCACCAGCGUGCAAGGCGUCAUCAACGAGACGCCGCUGCCCAUCGACCUCUACCAGUUUGACGACAUCUCCGGCAAGGUAGAGCAGUUCGGCAAGUUUGGCGUCAUCUACUAUGACAUCAACCAGAUCAUCUCCACGGCCGUCAUGACCUACACCAAGCACUUUGACGCCCACGGCCGGAUCAAGGAGAUUCAGUACGAGAUCUUCCGAUCCCUUAUGUACUGGAUCACCUUCCAGUACGAUGACGUGGGACGAUGCACCAAGAGGGAAAUCAAGAUUGGGCCGUUCGCCAACACCACCAAGUACGGCUAUGAGUACGACGUAGAUGGCCAGCUCCAGACGGUCUACCUCAACGACAAGGUCAUGUGGCGCUACACCUACGACCUGAACGGCAACCUCCACCUACUGAACCCAGGCAACAGCGCCCGCCUGCUCCCCCUGCGCUACGACCUCCGCGACCGCAUCACCCGCCUGGGAGACGUGCAGUACCGCAUGGACGAGGACGGCUUCCUCCGCCAGCGAGGUUCCGAGAUCUUCGACUACAACUCCAAGGGCCUCCUGGUACGCGUAUACAGCAAGGGCAACAGCUGGACCAUCCAAUACCGCUACGACGGCCUGGGCCGGAGGGUGUCUAACAAGAACAGCCUGGGGCAGCAUCUGCAGUACUUCUAUGCAGACCUGAGCUACCCCAGCAGGAUCACCCACAUCUACAACCACUCCAGCUCUGAGAUCACCUCCCUGUACUAUGACCUGCAGGGACACCUGUUUGCCCAGGAGAUCAGCAGCGGAGAGGAGUACUACAUUGCCUGUGACAACACCGGAACCCCUCUGGCUGUAUUCACCAGCAAUGGCCUCCUGAUCAAGCAGGUCCAGUACACGGCGUAUGGGGAGAUCUACUUUGACUCCAACCCGGACUUUCAACUGGUGCUGGGGUUCCACGGGGGGCUCUAUGACCCACUGACCAAAUUGUUGCAUUUUGGUGAGAGGGACUAUGACAUUAUGCCCGGCAGGUGGACUGUGCCUGACAUCAACACAUGGAAACGAGUGGGGAAAGAGCCAGGUCCUUUUAAUCUCUACAUGUUCAGRAACAACAACCCCAUCAGCAAAGUACAUGAAGUGAGAGAGUAUGUCGCAGAUGUUAAUAGCUGGCUGGUGACCUUUGGGUUCCAUCUACACAACACCAUUCCUGGCUACCCAGUCCCAAAGUUUGAUCUGACCCACCCAUCUUAUGAACUGAAGAAGAGCCAGCUCUGGGAUGAUUUACCGUCCAUCUCUGGGGUCCAGCAGGAAGUUACCAGACAGGCGCAUGCCCUCCUAACAUUUCAGCGGCUGCCGGAGGUCAAUGCGGGCCGAGGCCGCCGAGGCGAGAAACCUUGGUUAUGGUUUUCAGCCGCCCAGUCCCCUAUCGGUAGGGCCGUCAUGUUCGCCAUCUACAAGGGCACCGCCCACACUCACACGCUCAACGUAGCCAACGAGGACUGCAUCAAGGUGGCCACCGUCCUCAACAAUGCCUUCUACCUUGAAGACCUGCACUUCACUGUGGAAGGCUGCGACACUCACUACUUCGUCAAGCCCGGCCUGCCCGACGGCGACUUGGCCACGCUGCGCCUCACCAGCGGCCACAAGACCCUGGAGAACGGCGUCAAUGUCAGCGUGUCCCAGUCCACCACGGUCAUGGACAGCCGGACUCGGCGCUUCGCAGAUGUGGAGUUGCGGCGUGGGGUGCUUGCGCUGCAUGUGCGCUAUGGCUCCACGGUGGACGAGGAGAAGGCCCGCGUGCUUGAGUUGGCCCGCCAGAGGGCGUUAGUGAGUGUGUGGGCCAGGGAACAGCAGAGGGUGCGCGAUGGCGAGGAGGGCGUCCGCCCAUGGACAGAGGGAGAGAAGAGGCAGCUCCUGAGCAAUGGGAAAGUGCUAGGGUACGACGGGUACUACGCACUUUCCAUUGAGCAAUAUCCGGAGUUAGCGGACAGCGCUAAUAACAUUCAGUUCCUACGGCAAAGUGAAAUAGGGAAAAGGUAACUAACUAUUGUGCACUUGCUGCCAAAGAGACUUUGAAUGGCCUGUUUCAAUAGAGGUGUGGCGACGGUGGGAACGAAAGCAACAAUAGUGGCAUGGCCAAAGAUUAAAUAUAGCUAUGUCCGAKUGGGAGGUGUGUUUUUGUAAAUCAUAUGGGAUCGAAAGCAAUGCUGUGCAAUGCUGUUUAACAGGGGACUACUACAGAGUAAAUGUAUAACUACGCCAAACCUUAAUAUGGGCAGUGACAAGAUGUACCUCUGUAGCACAAACUGAUUGGACUGUGGACUCUCAACCAGGAGCCAGGAGAAAUAGUAGUGUUUUGGGAAAUAUUUAGUCUUUUUUUUGUCUCUGUUUUUUACUAAGUGUUGUCUGCUUAAAAUUAAAAUAAAGUAUUUAAAGGUGAAAUGAAAUGUUUACAUACGCAUAUAUCUGCACUUCUCUGGAAAUAUGAUGUAUGAAUUUUUACUCUUCAAUAGGCAAUGUCCAUUACCAGAUGUUUGUCUUGAAUCAAUGACCUUUCAGUUUGAGGCUUCGUCUCACUCAGUGACCAUCACACCUAACAUGUCGGAAUUGAGAAGCACUCCACUCCCCUUUGUGUUGCUUUUAAAAAGGACAUCAUAACAAGUUACAUGUUUUAAUACCCAAAAUAUUUGUUUUGUGUAUCCGCCUUGGUAGGAGAUCAGGGCAAAAUAUGUAUGAAUGAAGUCUGGYACAGAUACUUGUCUUGUCCAAGCACAGGAACACCAUGUUUUGUAAAUUAUGAGUUUUAUUGUUUUCUAUGAAAUUGAUUAACAGUCCAUUGAUGAUUAUAACAAGUAAUUUAUGUUGUGUUUAUACCUUGUAAAUAAAAUCUAAAACCUUUUUUUAA